AUGGGUGACAAUUACUAUCGCGAUCAGCGCCCAAGCAGCGCCGGCCAGUAUGCGCCUCCUCACCAAGGCUAUCAGCCACAGCCUCAGUAUGGAGGUCGCCCGAAUGAGGGAUAUAGCCCCUACACUUCCACGACCAGUUUUCAGCCUCAGCAACCAGUAUACAAUACGUACCAGCCGCCUCGUGACGAUGGCUAUCGCCCGCCACGCAACGAUCAAUUGGGCAACUAUCGCGACGACUACGAUGACCGCCGUCGCCACGAGCAUCAUGGUGGCCCACGAGCAGGUGAACCUGGAUAUUAUGCACCCCCUCCUCAUAGCCAUGGUGAUCGCUCAAACUCCAGAAGGAGCUCAAAAUCUGGACGAGAAAAACAUGGCCAUGAAGCUGAAAAGUCGGUGGGCGCAACAUUGCUCGGUGGUGCUAUCGGAGCAUUCGCUGGCCACGAGGUUGGCAAAGGCGGCUUGAGUACUCUGAUCGGUGCAGCCGCGGGAGCAUACGGUGGACAUGAGCUGGAGAAGAAGCGUGAAAAGAAGAAAAAGGACAAAGACCGUCGUGACGGCGAUUCGCGCGACUUCGAUGCUGACGGCCGAAGACGCAGCCGGUCUAGAUCUGUGCGUCGCUCGCAAAGUGGAAGGAGGAGGGAGAGCAGUUCCAGCAGCAGCGACAGCGACAAUGACCGCAGAAGACGUCAUCGUCGUUAUGACUAG